AUUAUACUCAAACCUAUACAUGAAUUACUUAAAAUGAUCAAUUUUAUCAUUAAUAGUCAUGAAAAAAUUUGCUUUCUGCUGUUUAAAAUCUACAUGACUGCAAGUUUAAAGUUAUAUGUAUGUCAAGAAAUGUGCAUCAACUUUCUUAUCAAAGUUACAAAGUUGCCCACAUUCAGAUUAAAUACAAACAUUUUUUUUUUUUUUGGUGCAUGCCUGUAAGUUUGGACACGCUUUCCCAUUAAAUCAGAUGGGAAAGCGUUUCAGAAUCACCCUGUCGUUGGGCUGUGCUGUACAAAUAAACUUGCCUUGCCUUCAUAAUUUUGACUGGUUGUAUAUUAUACGAACAUAUAUCUAUAGUUCUAUGAACACACGGGUUGUGGCUGGCUGCUUCUUUGGAUCCUCUUUCAGGAAGUGGUUUGUGGAAACAGGCUGUUGUCUUCCUGACUGCUGGAGUUUCACCUCCAGGAUACUUUUAUAUUCUGCUGGUUUAUAGUUAGCAGCAACUAUAAUCUUAUAAAUUGUUCAGUUUUUUCCAUCGGAUAAGGACACGAUGGAGGCCGACUCAGUGUUCUUCACUGAUCGGAGCGGACGAAUCACCUGUAACCCACUUCUGGACCAGCUCCCCAGCUACCAGUCCCUCCUCUACCGCAGGAAGUCUUCAACCAGUGGCUCCAAACGGAGAAACAGCUCCAGAUCAAGGCUUGGCUCCUCAGGCAGUUGGGGAUGGGGCAUUAGCACAUUCAGGAGACAUAAGGACAGACAAAACAGUCAGCUGGAACAGCGAGCCAUCAGAGAGCUACCCAGGCCCAUGGCUGAGAAACGUAGAAACAAAGAGCAGCGUCUGGAGGAGGCCCAAGAGCUCAGCAGCUGGAGACAGUGGAGGAAAAACACCGGCAGGUAUCUGAGGAGGCUGAGGGAUGAUGCUCAGGAAUGCCUGAGGUCUUUGGAGCUCUGGAGGGGGGACAUCCACCAGAUAGAGGGGAUGUUUGGAACAGGGAUCCUGUCUUACUUCUCCUUCCUGCGCUUCUUGGUCCUGCUCAACCUGAUCAUUUUCCUGCUCAUGUUUAGCUUUGUCAUGUUGCCCAUCAUCAUUACCCCUUACGCUUCGGGAAAUGCUACCUUCAACCAGGAUGAUGGACGCGUGUGCAGCCAGUAUCGUAGCAGUGCUCGUCAAGGUCUUGUCGUCUUUCAUGAGCACAUUACAGAUCUGCUUUCUGGGGAAGGCUUUCUGGAACAAACCUACCUUUUCUAUGGAUUCUACAAGGUGGAAAAAAUCCACUUUCCGAACUUAACAUAUAACCUGGCGCUGGCCUACCUGCUCGCAACCAUAGCGUACCUCUUCCUCAGUCUUAUAUGGAUUGUUAAAAGGUCUGCUACGGGAUUUAAACGUAACCUGGUUAAGGAUGAAGAUCGUUUUCAGAGUUUUUGCAACAAGAUCUUUGCUGGCUGGGAUUUCUGCAUCACCAACGAGAACGCAGCCAAGCUGAAGAGGAGCAGUCUGCUCUAUGAGCUCAAGACUGAUUUGGAGGAGGAGAGGAUCAAAAAGAAAAUAGCUCAUCGCACUCGGAAGGAGCGCUGUCGGAUUUACCUCAUCCGCCUCAUCCUCAACCUUUUCGUCAUCGCUGUGCUGGCUGCUUGCUUCUACAGCAUUUACGUAGCCACCAUCUUCUCCCAGGAUGCCCAAAUGAAAAAGAUAAAGAUUAAUUUUGUUUUGGAUCUCAUCUAUGAAUAUCUGCCCUCCAUCGUUAUCACUUUGGCCAACUUCAUCACCCCCCUUCUCUUUUCUGUCAUCAUCAACUAUGAGGACUACUCACCUGCAUUUGAGAUCCGUUUUACUCUCAUGAGGUGUGUCUUCAUGCGACUGACCAGUAUUGGAGUUUUGCUCUUCUCUCUCUGGUCUCGGAUCACUGAAUGUGAAGGCACGGAGUCCUGUGUCUGCGGCUACAACCACGAGCUUUACUCUUGCUGGGAGACCCGCGUGGGUCAGGAGAUGUACAAACUCACCAUUUUUGACUUCAUCAUCAUCUUUGCAGUCACAAUCUUCGUAGAGUUUCCUCGAAAGUUGAUUGUGAAGUACUGCAACUGUGGGAUGGCUAAGAUGUGGGGCCAGCAAGAGUUUGCUAUUCCUCAGAAUGUGCUGGAGAUCGUCUACGGUCAGACCAUCUGCUGGAUCGGCACUUUCUACUGUCCGAUUCUGCCCGCCAUCUGCACCAUCAAGUAUUUCUUCAUCUUCUACAUCAAAAAGGUAUCAUUAAUUCACAACUGCCGCCCGGCAACGCGUCCUUUCCGAGCAUCCAGCUCCAACUUCUUCUUCCUCGCUGUGUUGCUGAUUGGUCUGGUUCUCGCUUGUGUGCCUGUUUCAGUCAGUGUGGCACAGAUCAGCUGUUCCCAGGCGUGUGGACCGUUUGUUAAUUACAGCACCCACUGGGCAGUGGUACCAUCUACAGUGGAGCAGCUGUCACCUGGAGUCAAAACCUUCCUUUGGGCUCUCUCAUCAGAGGCAUUUGCUGUCUCUUUCUUUGUUGUUACAUGCUUGGCCAUGUUUUAUGUGAUUGCACUGGCUGGGGCUCAUAAGCGCGUCAUUAACCAACUAAGGGACCAGCUAGCCAUGGAGGGACGGGACAAACGCUUUUUGAUCCGGAAGCUGUACCAGGCCCAACAGCACUUAUCACCUAGAUCCCAAGUGUCCAAUUCCCAGUCCCGCAGAGGUGGCAGCAGAAGCAGCCCGAGCUACCACACCAGCUUCUCCAAUAACUUCGAUGACGCUGUGUUCCUGGCACAUUCACCUCCACACUCCUCCACACACGUGUGAGGCAGAGACCUAAUAUUCCAGCACAAAACUCAGAUGAAAGACUGGAAAAGUAAAAAGAAUAUCUGUAAAUUAUUAUUGUUUUCUCUUUUUUCCCCUAUGUUUUGUUAAAUGUGCAAACACUACAACUUGUGAGCUCCUUUGGACAUCUUGCCUUUGACGUGUGGACAAUGGAAAUAUUGCUAAACUAAACAAAAUUCUUUGUUUUAGGUCAGAUGUCGUGUUUUUCUACUUUUCCUUCUAAGAAGGGCUUCAAUUACUUAAACUACUGGACAUAAAAAAUGUUUAUGCACUUUUAUUGUAUUAACACUAUCUUUUUUUUCUUAUUAUAGUAACUAUUUGCAUUGGCAUGUAUUUACUGGUUUUACAUUUUAUAAUAAUGCUGAUAUUAAUACUUUUUCCACUACCAAACUGUAACCAUGGCUUUUGAGUAACACUGUGAAAGGAAGCUUUAAAAUAUCGUUUUGUUGAUGGAUUAAUAUAACUAAUGAUUAUAUUUUAGUCAUAUUUGAGAGGAAAUGCUGUUUUACAUUAUUAUACUUUUAUAUAACUUCGGUGGCUUAUUUUAAUAGGAAACGUUGCAUUGAAAUAAAUAAUCACUUCUA